UUUUGCCGCCGCGGAAAGUCAAAGUCCGUAGUCAUAAAGUCAACACACGUUUAAAAAAAAAAACACGAAAAGAACUUAAUAAUUAUCCCUCACGCUUCCUCGUACUAUCAGAAUAACAAGUUCCAUUACUAUAAAACAAACUUCACCCCUCUUCUUAUAACAACAAACAUAAUUAGUUAUAUAACACUUAUAUUAUAUUAGAUUAAUUCAUUGUUUAUGGGUACAGUGUUAGAGAUCACAGUUAUAUGUUGUGAAAACCUUCGCGUGAAGGAGGACCCCUACGUGGUGGUUCGAGCAGAGUCGUUAAAGUGUUGCACCACCAAGAUGGCCAAAGACAGUGGCGCCACCGAAAGGAGUCUGUUUUCGUGGAACGAGAGAUUGAUGGUGGGCAUGCCUUUGCAUGCACGCUCCAUCACGUUCGAGGUUCAAAGCAACAGCUUCAAGGCUCUUCGACCUGUUGGGGUCGCCAGAAUCUCACUUUCCGAUUUUCUUACGCCGGAAAAUUCUAUGCAAGUGUUUAGUUACCGCUUGAGGGACUGGGAAGGGAAGAGAAACGGGGUGAUCUAUUUCGCGGUUAGAGUGGCGGUUCCGGAACCGGUGAAGGGUAUGGUGGUGAGUAAGAAUUCCGGUGAUGAGUUCGUGGAAAUUGAACAGUCUGAUGAAGUUGUUGUUGGUGUUCCACUUUGGUGGAACUAAUUCUAGGAUAUUAACGUAAUAGAUUUGAGAUUAGAACAAUGAUUUCGUUUAUGGAUAAAAACUUUCUUAAAUAUAUUUGUUUUGCUACAAUUUAAGCAA